CAGGAGAGUGUCGUGUGUCUUUUAAUUUGUUGUGUUGUUUUGUGAUUGUUAUUUUUGUGCCUGAAAAUACUGAACGUGAACCGAAACACUUCACGUGCCUGGAAGGACUAGUCUAACGAUUCCGGAGUUACAAAAUGGACGCCCAAACGGAGACCGAAAUGCCUACGGGAAGCGUCAGCGACGAGCCGUUCUUGGGGCCACUGGACAUCAUACUGCUGGUCAGUCUGCUAGCCGGAACCGCGUGGUAUCUGCUCAAGAGCAAGAAGAAGGAAAACCAAGCUAGUCAGUUCAAAUCCUACUCGAUUCAGCCUACCACGGUGAACACGAUGACGAUGGUGGAGAACUCGUUCAUCAAGAAGCUGCAAUCCUCUGGCCGCCGUUUGGUGGUGUUUUACGGUUCCCAAACAGGCACGGCAGAGGAAUUUGCCGGACGCCUGGCGAAGGAAGGAAUCCGCUAUCAAAUGAAGGGCAUGGUGGCCGAUCCCGAGGAGUGCAACAUGGAAGAGCUGCUGCUGCUAAAAGACAUCGAUAAGUCUCUUGCUGUGUUUUGUCUUGCCACCUACGGUGAGGGCGAUCCAACCGACAACUGCAUGGAGUUCUACGAUUGGAUUCAAAACAACGAUCUGGAUCUGAGCGGUUUGAACUACUCGGUGUUCGGGCUUGGCAACAAAACGUACGAGCAUUACAACAAAGUUGGCAUUUAUGUCGACAAGCGGUUGGAGGAGCUCGGAGCCACGCGAGUGUUUGAACUCGGCCUUGGUGACGAUGAUGCAAACAUCGAGGACUACUUCAUUACGUGGAAGGAAAAGCUCUGGCCAACGGUGUGCGAUUACUUCGGCAUCGAGAGCACGGGCGAGGACGUCCUGAUGCGGCAGUAUCGUUUACUGGAGCAACCGGAAGUGAGCGCAGAUCGCAUCUACACCGGCGAGGUUGCUCGAUUGCACUCGCUGCAAACACAGCGCCCGCCGUUUGAUGCGAAAAAUCCGUUCCUGGCCACGAUCAAGGUAAACCGAGAGCUUCAUAAGGCCGGUGGACGUUCCUGCAUGCACGUCGAGUUCGACAUCGAGGGCUCGAAAAUGCGGUAUGAAGCGGGAGACCAUCUGGCGAUGUACCCGGUUAACGACGGUGAUCUGGUCGAGCGGUUAGGCAAGCUGUGCAACGCCAAUAUGGAGACGGUGUUCUCGCUCAUCAACACCGACACGGACAGCAGCAAGAAGCACCCGUUCCCGUGCCCAACCACCUACCAGACGGCUUUAACGCAUUACCUCGAGAUAACUGCGCUGCCUCGCACGCACAUCUUGAAGGAGUUGGCCGAGUACUGUUCAGAGGAGAAGGAUAAGGAAUUCCUGCGUUUCAUCUCGUCCACCGCGCCCGAAGGCAAGGCGAAGUAUCAAGAGUGGGUGCAGGACAGCUGCCGCAACAUCGUGCACGUGCUGGAGGACAUACCGUCUUGCCACCCGCCGAUCGAUCACGUGUGUGAGCUACUGCCGCGUCUACAGCCGCGCUACUACUCGAUCUCCUCCUCGUCCAAGAUACAUCCCACGACGGUGCACGUGACCGCGGUGCUGGUCAAGUACGAGACCAAAACGGGUCGGCUGAACAAGGGUGUGGCCACGACAUUCCUGGCGGAUCUGCAUCCACGCGAUGGCGAGCCGCUCCCGCGUGUGCCGAUCUUUAUCCGCAAGAGCCAGUUCCGUCUCCCGUCGAAACCGGAAACGCCCGUGAUAAUGGUUGGCCCCGGUACCGGUCUGGCCCCGUUCAGAGGCUUUAUUCAGGAGCGUGACUUCAGCAAGCAGGAAGGCAAGGAGAUUGGUCAAACCACACUCUAUUUCGGUUGCCGAAAGCGCUCGGAGGACUUCAUUUACGAAGACGAACUCGAAGACUAUGAAAAGCGAGGCAUUAUCAACCUGCGCGUUGCAUUCUCGCGCGAUCAGGAAAAGAAGGUAUACGUGACGCAUCUGCUAGAACAGGACUCGGAUCUAAUAUGGAAUGUAAUCGGCGAAAACAAGGGACACUUCUACAUCUGUGGCGAUGCCAAAAACAUGGCAACCGACGUGCGAAACAUUCUGCUUAAAGUCAUCCGCUCCAAGGGCGGCCUGAGCGAAAGCGAGGCGCAGCAGUACAUCAAAAAAAUGGAAGCCCAAAAACGGUACUCGGCCGACGUCUGGAGCUAAUCAUUGCGCUACGUCAGAUCUUUCGCUACCGCCGGCUCGGAGCAAAGCACACGUAUGGGGAGCUGCUCCGCUAGCACACGAGGCGGUCACACAACGCCAACAUCUAGCUCUCGUUUAUAAGUCUGUAUUUUUUGUUUGUUCCGUGCAGCAUAAAAGUGUCGAGGUAGCAGUUUUUUAUCCGUACCGAGUAGAUUAUAGUUUAGCUCGUUUCUUUUAGACUUGUGGGGUUCGUUCGCUUCAGCAUCUGUGUUGAUGUUCUUUAUUGACACACAAAUUCUGUGGUUGGCGUUGCAAUAGUUUCUCUUUAUUAAUAUUAUUUUUUUAAUAGCUACUAUCAAUCUUUCUUUGAAAAGGGGCAUGGUUAUUCCGAAUGCGAUAGUGUGGUGCAUCAAACAUAACAUGAACGAGGCAUGCAAUCGUGCAUAGGCCCGUAGAAUGCCUUGUAUUUUAUUUCCGGAGUCUGUUACAUCGGUGUUCGACAAAUUUUUGAUGAGAAAAAGUAAUAUAAUUAUAUGAUGCUUGUGAGGGAACAGAUUUUUUUUAUAUGCAUAUACAUAAACCAGAGGAUCAAGAUAUUUUUUCCAUGAGGAAAACCGAACAUUGUUUUAGCGAUGCGAUUAAAUAAAAUUCCUUAAAACUGUAUAACCGUACAGUUAG